AUGCAAGUAAAACAGAUAACGAUGAUUCAACCAUUUCUGGAGUCAGUGCUCCUAAGCUACGAGUUAAUGCAUGAGCCCAUGGUGAGGCUGACAUUAAUUAAAUUGUGUCUGAGUUUAGGGAUUGUGAAACAGAGGAAAAAGGCCCAACAACCUGGUGCACGACCAGUAAUACCUUGGCAAACCAUUACCUCUACACCGAUGUCUGAAUUCACCAAUCCUUACUUUUUCACUCUUUCAUUUCCUUGCUCGUUCCUCUAUCAGAAGGGUAACUUUCACAUAAAUCGCAAAGGAACAAGUUCUGCACUCUAUGAAUGGACAUAUCAUUUGCUAUGGUAUUGGGGAAGAAGGUUUGCUCGACAAAAAGUCUGGAAAUUUGUAGUUCACAAUAUGAUAAUGAGUAAGUGA